GCCUGUACAGUUCUCUCCCGUGUGUUGGCGUUGGUUAGUAUGUGAUACCAGUUUUUUACUAACCUCUCUGUGCUCAUCGUUUCUCUUCCCUGAGAAAGGAAGAGAGAGGAACAAUCGAGUGAGACAAUAAAAAUUGCAACUGUGACGAGAGGAUCACUUCCGUGAGACUUUUAAAUACGUUUUGAAGUGCUAUUAACCUUUUCUCAAGUGACCAGUGCCAAGGAUUGCCCAAUAUUUCCAAAAAUGGUUAAGCUUUAUGCAUUGACAGUGCUUUAUAAAGGACCCACAUCAGCCAGUGCAUUGAAAUGUGCUUAUGACGUUGAUUCAUUCUCUUAUUUUCAAAGGGGAAGUGUCAGGGAGUUUAUGGCGUUUGUUAGUAAGACCAUUGUUGAACGUACACAGAUUGCUGCUAGACAAAGUGUCAAGGAAGGAGAAUACAUGUGUCAUGUUUAUGUUCGCGGUGACAGUCUCGCGGGUGUUUUGAUAUCCGAUCACGAAUACCCUAAUCGUGUUUCUCACACGCUGAUUACCAAAGUGUUGGAUGACUUCGCUGGAAGGUAUCCUCCUAGCUCUUGGGGAACUCUGAACGAAUCCAGCUGUGAUUUUCCAUCAAUUAAUACGUAUUUGGCCAAAUAUCAGAAUCCUAGGGAGGCAGAUGCACUCACUAAGAUGCAGAACGAUUUGGAUGAGACAAAGAUAAUAUUGCAUAGCACAUUGGAAGCUGUACUCCAGCGAGGGGAAAAACUAGAUGAUUUGGUCCAAAAAUCUGAGGGUCUUAGCAUCCAAUCAAAGGCCUUCUACAAAACAGCAAGAAAAACCAACUCUUGUUGCAGUUUAACAGCUUAAUGUUUAAAAUAUGCUAUUAAUUAAUUAAUCAAUGCAAGAGAAUGAGGCUAACGCACUCACUCCGUUCUCCCCCCACCUGUUAAUGUUCGAAUUAAUGAAAAUAACGAUGAAUUUAUCAACAAAAAUGGAAACCUGAUGAAAAGUUGAAAAAAAUGUAUUUCAGAUUCUUGUCUUGCAUUAAUUAAUCAAUUGAUUGUUUGUAUUAAUUCGUUAAUUAAGCGAAGCAAGAAAUAGCUAUUUUCAAUGUGAUGUUAAAGGGAAAUGAAUAAUCAACUGUUAAACGAACCGUUAUAUGAGGAAGACCGCCUCAGUAAUCGUGACUUAUAUCCAUUUGUGUAAAUGUCGGCUGGCUGAUCGUAGUUACAACAGGAGAAAUUCGUGGGUGACUGGUAAAACUGGUUUAGUUCAGUUUUGAAAAAAGAUAAAUUAAAAAAUAUUGAUAAUUAAGGGAGUUAUUAUUUUUUGAAAGUGGUCUAUUUUGGUCUUAAUAAUAUUUUUUGCUUCUGAAUAAAGAAAAGUAUGAAGUUCCCAGGAACGAUCGACAAUUUAUUCCGUUCAAUUGAACUCGUAAGAUCUAUCAUAUCAUCAAUUAAAUUUAAUUUGCAUUUUUAAGUUGAUCAAUUCCUUCAAUAAUUCAUGUUUUUAAAAGAUGAGAAAAUUUAAUUUUGGAACAUUUUGUUACCUGUUGAAAAUAUGACAGAUUGUCAAUUUCAUGAGUGAAAGAAUGAUUUCUGAAAUAAAUUCCUUUCUAAAAAAAAGUUCUACAAAAACAAGCGUGAAAUCAUUCGUUAACGAGAAUUUAAUGAUGGGCACGAAAAGUGUUAUCACUUGACUACAGCAAUACUAUAGGUAAUUAUAUUUCAUGUCAGUUCAUCACUGCCAUUCGCUAUUUUCGUUUUCUCCUGCGUAAUUGAGUAACUGAAAUUAUUAAAUAGAAUUUUUUUUUCCUUUUUUUAAUUGUACCAAGGAUCUUUCUCCCGAGGAACUUUUUUUAACAGUAUUGUAAAUAACCAAUGAUGACUACAUCACUUCAUAACACGCAUAUUGUAGGAAUUUGUAAGAAAUCGUGAAUGCAUUCCAAUUCCAAUUAUCACACUCAAUUAAUCUGACCGAUUGAAUAAAGUAAAUAAUUAGGAGAUGCAAAAAUCAUAAGAUAAUUCUAAACGUUUGAAGAUUAUUUCAUAAAUAUCGCCAUUGCUUCAGAUGUUGAUUAACUAUAUUUUCAAUGAAGAAUAAACGAAAAAAAUGGAGACAAAUGUUGUAACGAGCCUAAAGUCAUUGUGAAGUGUUUGUAAUUAUAAAUACAAAAAAUAUACGUGUACAAACCUUAAUAAAGGUAAAUUAUUUUCAAUUUUGA